GUAUAAUUCACAUGCAGCAAACUCAAAAGACUUACAAAAACUUUAAGGAAAUGCAUUCAAUUUAAGAAAGGCAAGUUAAGUUCAAAGAAAAGUUGAGUCAGAACCCAGAAAUGAUUCCUAUUAUAUUGGAGAAACAUCCCAAAUCUUAAAUUCAAAGCUUGAAAAACUAAUUGUACAUUUAUCUCUAUAAUGUUGAUAUUUAGUCACUCAGAGUUUUAGGAUGAUUCAAUUCCGAGAUACAUUAAAACGCACUCUACAGAUUUCUCCUAAGCAAUCCCUUUACUUUCACAUUGGAAAUUAGUUGUUGCCUGAAGGUGUAAUAAAUUGAAUGUUAUUCUUAGAUGUCAAGUUGGCGGAUAUUUAUGAGAAAAAGAAGGAUCCAGAUGAUGGGUUCUUAUACAUCAC